AUUCCUGGGAAGCCGUAUCGUUUCAUUGCCGAACGUGGUAUUAUGGGUGAUCGUGAUCAUGAUCAUGAUCCGCUGGCAUUACAGGUACCAGCACUACGCGCUGCACUCUACUCUUCCGAUUUGGAUAAACGAAAAAGCAUGCUUCGUUUGGUGAUCCGACUGACAAAAUUGGACUCGUGUGGUCCGGCUCUAGUCCCAUACUAUCGUCAGCUACUUCCACCCCUUAGUCAGCGAGUUACUCUGCAAAAUUCUCUAAUCAACUAUCAAUAUGGUGCCAGUCUCACAGAGCUAAUCGAGACCACAUUGGGUUGUCUAGAGCGGACUGGCGGACCGAACGCCUACAUCAACAUCAAAUACAUCAUACCAACCUAUCAA